AUGACGAUCGACGCGCGCGACGACGGCGCGGUGGCGACGGAACGACGACGGGCGAAGGCGUUUUGGGCGCAGCGACGCGCGAGCCUGAGCCUGCGAUUCGACGCGCGCGACGCGCGGGAGAUCGAGAUCGAGGUCGAGGACGCGGACAGCGUCGGUGCGGGGCGAUCGAUCGUGCGCGUGUCGUACGUCGCGCGCCUGGGGGACGAAGGCGAACCCGAAGAGGAUGGGUCGGCGAGCGACGCGAGCGCGGCGUUCGAGUGCGAGCUCGAGCUGUACGGCGCGGUCGCGCCCGCGCGCAAGGCGGAGAUCAAACGAACCGCGCGCGCGUUUACAGUGGUAUUUCGUAAGACGACGCCCGGCGCGCACUGGCCGAGGUUAUCGCUGACGAAGGAAAAGUCUCGCUUCGUCGCCACCGACUUCGACGCGUGGAUGGACGAGGACGACGAAGCCGCCGCCGACGCCGCGUUCAAAUUCGAUCUCAGUUCGCUCGAGAAGAUUUCCAACUACGAGGACAAGUCGUAUUAUUUUCCCGACGUCGACGAUUCCGACGACGACAUGCCGGACAUGACGGACGUCGGGAACACGUACGAACGCGAGGCGUUGGAAAAGUUUUGGUCCAGCGCGCCGGGACGCGCGCGGGACCCGCUGACGAACGUCGAGACGCGCGCGAACUCGCGGGUCGUGUACACGAACUGGGACAAACGACGGGAAGUGCGCGACUACCUGGACGCGCGGUCGGAGGAUUACGUGCCGAGCGGGUGGACGAGUCGCGCGGUGCCGGCGCCGCGGAGCGACGGCGACGGCGACGCGCGCGAGCGCGGACGAGGAUUGGCGAACGGCGCGGUCAAAGCGAGCGCGGUUUUGACGGUUUUGGCGAUCGCGGCGUUGGUGAGCGCGAGUGGCGCGAAGGGAGGGACGUGGGGGUUCGGCGCGGUCGGUGCGCGACGCGGGACGCCGAGGAUGCCGAACGUCGACGAAUACGGACGCGCCGUCGAGUUGAGAGCGCCGGCGGGGUCGAGAGUGCGGGCGCGGAAAGUGUCGAGCGGAACGCCGGCUUUGGAGAUAACCGUGCCGGCGCAGAGCGUGAACACGGCGGCGUUGCUGUUCAGCGUGCCGUGGUUCGCGAUCACGGGCACGUGGACCUACGGCGCGUGGAACGCCGCGAAUCCGCUCUUCGCGUCUUUUUCGCUCCCCUUUUGGGCCGUCGGGCUGAACAUGGUGCAUCAGAGCGCCACGAGCGCGUUUGAAACGACCAAGCUACUGCUCACCACGGAUCAGUUUUACCUGGAAAAGACGAUUUUUGACCGACGAAUGUUUUACCUGAAGGGCGACGUCGCCGACUUGAGCAAGGCGGCGGUGGAGACGUACGCGUACGUCAACGGCGCUCCGCAGAGCAAUCUCGUGCUCCAUCACGGCGUCAAAUCGUACGUAUUGGCGCGUGGACUACACUCGAGCGAAGACGAAUUCGUCGCCGAUGAGAUUGAAAAGUUUUUGAAGAAAUAUCGCCGCGCGCGAAAGGGAGGCGACGCCGUCAAGAUUGACACCACGACGCCGUUUUUCGCGCGAGCGCGCAUGUAGUAGCAACCUU